UGAAGGUCAAUCUGCCGGUGGGAGACUCUGGAACAUCCGUCCGUGGUUGCCUAGGGCAGGACGAGGGGCUCCCAGGCCUGGCCAUGGCCCCACUACAGCUCUUCUGGAUGUGGCUGCUCUUGGCAGGGACCCAAGGCACGAAAGAUGGUGACAUGCGGCUGGUCAAUGGGGACACCGCCAACGAGGGCCGUGUGGAGAUCUUCUACAGUGGCCAGUGGGGGACGGUGUGUGACAAUAUGUGGGACCUGACGGAUGCCAAUGUCGUCUGCCGGGCCCUGGGCUUCAGGAACGCCACCGAGGCUCUGGGCAGAGCCACCUUUGGGCCAGGAAGUGGCCCCAUCAUGCUGGACGAGGUGGAGUGCACUGGGACAGAGCCCUCGCUGGCCAACUGCAGAUCCCUGGGCUGGAUGAAAAGCAACUGUAGACAUGACCAGGAUGCCAGUGUCAUCUGCAGCAACGAGACCAGAGGCGUCCACACCCUCGACUUGUCCAGCGAGCUCCCCGCGGCUCUGGAGCAGAUCUUUGAGAGCCAGAGGGGCUGCGACCUGUUCAUCAAGGUCAAGGUGAAGGAGGAGGAGGAGCUGGGCAUCUGUGCCCACAAGCUGAUCUUGUCCACCAACCCGGAGGCCCGCAGCCUGUGGAAGGAGCCGGGCAGCAGGGUCACCAUGGAGGUGGAUGCCGGGUGCGUGCCGGUCGUCAGGGACUUUAUCAGGUACCUCUACUCCCGGAGGAUAGACGUCUCUCUGUCGUCGGUGAAGUGCUUACACAAGCUGGCCUCCACCUACGGGGCCAAGCAGCUGCAGGGCUACUGCAGCAGCCUCUUUGCCAUCUUCCUCCCCCAAGACCCCUCCUUCCGGACACCCCUGGACCUCUAUGCCUACGCCCUUGCCACCCAGGACCCUGUGCUGGAGGAGGUCUGCGUGCAGUUCCUGGCCUGGAACUUUGGGGCCCUGACGCAGGCCGACGCCUGGCCGAGCGUGCCCCUGGCCCUCCUCCGCACGCUGCUCUCCAAGAGCGAGCUGGUCGUGCCCAGUGAGCUGGCCCUGCUGAUGGCCGUAGACACCUGGAGCCGGGAGAGGCGCGCCUCCCACACGGACGUGGAGGGCUUGGUGGAGGAGGUCCGCUUCCCCAUGAUGCCACCCAGGGACCUCUUCAAGCUGCAGUUUAACCUGUCCCUGUAUUGGAGUCACAAGGCCCUCUUCCAGAAGAAGACGCUGCAGGCCCUGGAGUUCCACACGGUGCCCUUCCAGCUGCUGGCCCAGUACAGAGGCCUGAACCUCACCGAGGACAUCUACCAGCCGCGGCUCUACACCUCGCCCACCUGGAGCGCCUCCGUGACGGGCUCCGGUUACAACCCCUACCGGUCCUUCCAGACCCCGCAGCACCCCAGCUUCCUCUUCCAGGCCAGCCUCGUCUCCUGGGCUUUCGUCUACCUCCCCACCGUCCAGAGCUGCUGGAACUACGGCUACUCGUGCUCCUCUGACGAGCCCCCGCUCCUGGCCCUCUCCAAGUCCGGCUACUCGGAUCCCACCGUCGGCUACGAGAACAAGGCCCUGAUGCUGUGUGAGGGGCACUUCGUGGCGGAUGUCACUGACUUCGAGGACCGGAAGGCCUUGAUCCCCAGCACUCUGAGCACCAACGACUCCAGGAGGGCUUCCUUCUUCCCCUGCCCAGUGGGAUCCUUCAGCAGCUUCCAAGUGGUCAUCCGUCCGUUCUACCUGACCAACUCCUCGGGCGUGGACUAGUCAGGAGUCCGGGGACAGGGGGGCCGGAGCGCACAGAAGCCAGGCACCUCCCGGGACGCCCUGCAGGCCGGUUCCCAUCCGUCCUUCACCGCCUCUCUGCAGCCACCUCCAACAUCCGGCCACCAGAUGGCUCCCCUGCUUCUGCUGAGCUCUCGGAGCCCAAAGAAAUUACUGGAAGGUUUCAACUAGUGUACUCCAAAGCUGAGAACUCUCACUUCCCGCUGCCCGGCUGGUUUGUCGGAGAGCAGCCAGACGUGGCUGGUCCCACACGGCCUUUCCCCUCUGCCCUCCGCCGUCCCUUGUCUGAGCUCAUUAAAAUUGUGCCAUGGUUCCCA